GCUUAAUUCCCUUUGUUCUGCUACCGUCGACCAACCAAACCGCCGCCCGCUCUGCGAUUUGCCAUCAUGUCUGCCUCUUGGCCUAUUAACCGCCCGCCAUCCUCACGCAUUAUGCAUGAGGUGCAGCAGCAGUCCCACCGAUCCACGCGUGGCGGCCUGGUUGCUCCAGUGCAGCUUCUAUUGUCGUGUGCCUAUUGUUCCAUACAGACACUCAAUACACUUGACGCCCAAUUUACCCGCCUCCCACCCAUUCCAUCGUGUCCUAUGGCCUGUCCGUGAAAAACUUGCACUUUCUCUCUUACACUUACUGAAACAGGUCACCACGAAAAUCACUGUUCUUGGGGGUUGUGCAGUGUUUCCUUUGUGUUCCCCUUUGUCACUCUUUUUCCUUUGUCUGUUUCUUGUUCUUCUCGCUGUUUUAUAACAGAGUACACCACUAAGUUGGAGCCAGCUUCACUUGUCGAGUCUCUGCCGACAUUCCCUACUAAACGUUCGCUUUCAAAACCACACAGUUUGUCAAACUCGACACCCUCAACUUCUGCAACAACACAACACUACUCUUCAACUGUCAAACACAAUAAUAAAUUAUACGACAACCGACACACACAAAUACCAUACACUUCAAACCGCCCAUAAUGCCAUCCCAUCAAGGGGAAGACUGGGAAGAAUGGGAGGAUGACGAGAUUGUCACCCCCAUUGAGCUGGGCGAGCAGGUCUCUAUCCAGCAAUACUCCCAUUCCCAGCCUGGUGCUCUCGCUUCUCAGCAGCUCACUACCGCCAGAGCCAGUGCCGCCAGGGCAUCUAGACAAUCUGGGGUUAAGAUUAAGAGACUCAAAUCCCGCCAGCGUCAAAAGGCCCAGAAUGCGAAGGCUGGCAUCAAACUCAUUACCGACAUGUCUGCCUUUCGUCGCCAGAACCAGCCUUCUCAUCAACGAAAGCCAUCCUACAAUAACCAGGGCAAGUUUGUGGAUGCGGCUGCUCUGCGGGCUCUCGAAGGGGAACCGACUUCAGCAUCCGUGGGCAACUGGAACUGGCUUAAGAGAAACAAGUCGCAGAGCCCGGCGUCUGCUAUCUCACCUCCAUCAGCACAGGCUCUCAACUCAGGAGCAUCCGACGCACCCAUCAUGAUUGGUAUUGAAGUUGAUCCUGAGCAUGCUCGACGCCUUCAAGCUGAGCCCCAGACAGCAACCAAUCCAUACUUGAUCCUGCCCAAGGAUAUGCAAUCCAAUGCUGGGAGUAGCAAAGCACCUACUACCCCUCAACAACAACACCAACAGUCGUUUUGGUCACCCGAUACUCCGGAAACUGCAUUUUCUUUUGGAAACAACCUCUCGCCUCCUAGAGUUGGACCCGCUUCGAGUGUCUACUCGCAGGUUACUGCUAUCCAAAAGAGUAACAUGGACAACAAGGAUGCACCACCCAUGCCUGCUAUGCCGGAAAGCUUCAAACAGUCCCAAAAGGCCCGAAUCAUCAGCAUGGAGUUUGGCAAGGCCGAAUCGGAGAUUGAAACACCAUACACUGCCUUUGAAGAGGAUGAUAUGAGUCCACUACAAUACGGAAAAGGAAAGGCAGCUGCCAAGACCCCGGAUAGUGCCAGUUCUAGGGUCAACGGUUGGUGGGAUCAUGUUGUAUCCCCCUUUGUAGAGAAGAACAUGUCCUUCUCCAGCCGAAAGCAACCAAAGGAAUCCCCAGUUGCGUCAGCAUAUGAGAAAUCGUGGAACCCUUGCAGCCCGGGCAAAGAUACCAAGCAUCUCGAAGUACCCAAGCCUUCUCUCAAGGCCGCCAACGUACCUAUUGUUCGAGAACCAACGCCUAGAAGACCUUCGCCCCCAUUGUCAGAAGCUGCCGGAAGUGUUGCUGGAUCUUCUGUGGAAUCAGCACCAUACGAAACUAGAGUUGCUGAGAAGCCUCGCAUUAUGAUUAAUGAUGUUGCUUCGACCGUUGACAACCCUCCUCCUUAUUCGCCUCCUCAUCGAUCCAACGAGCCUAUUCGUUACCGGGCCGUCUUCCCACCUGGUCAUCCUCUGCAAUCGCAAUUCCCACCUUCUCCCCGACCUGCCUCGCCUGGCCUUGCAGGCACCAUGACAUCGCAGCGAAGUGUUCCAGAUCCUACUGCACCACCUCGUGCCUAUACACCUUCUCUCCGCGGAGCAAUGCACACUAGAGCCCCUGGAACCUGGGUUCCUCGAGAACAUGCGUAUGCCGCUGAGGGUCGGGAGCAUCGGGGUGAAAGGCAGCGCCGUCGUCAUGAGAAAGAAGAAAUCCUGGCUCGCAGACUAGGUGGAUUCUGGAAGGGCCGUGGAUGUCUCCCUAAGAAUGGAUGCUUUGGUCGUUCUGGUCGUGAAGGCAGAAAGCGCCGCCGAGUCUGGGCUGGUCUCUGCUUUGGCAUCACUGUCCUUCUCAUUCUUAUUAUUGCUUUGGCUGUUGUACUUAGCCGGCCACACCCAGCGGUACAACAACCGUCUAUCUGGGUUAACCUGACCGACUUCCCUCCCAUGCCAACUGGUGUUCUUACUGUUGUCGGCCCUCAAAACAACGCAACUGUGAGCAGCUGCACUGAGCCGUCUACGCUUUGGAGUUGCUCGCUUCCUAAGGAGUUGCAGGCCGCCAACACUCCCUUCAAGCCUAACCAACCCACCAUAGUCUUCCAGAUCCAAUGGGAUAACAGCACCGCAAGAUCAUGGAAGACACCCGACGGUCAAGCUCCUCCAGCGGCACCUGUCUCUAGACGAGGAAUCGGCUUUUCUUCAAUUGCAAGUAGCAUUAUCAGAGCACGAGAUGCUACAAAGGCAUUUGUGUCGAGCCCAGCACCACCCUCGUUCAAUGAAAUGUAUUUCCUCGGCGACACAACCGACGGUAUCCGGUCGGACAAGAAGGCCGGCGAGCCAACCCCAUUCUACAUUAGUGUUUUGCCUUCGGUGAAUGCGACGGUUGGUACACCAAGCUUGAGUAAAAGACAAGACCCGACCUCCGGUGCCGGCAUCGCCAAGAUUGCACCAGCACCAACGCUAGAACAGGACGGCACACCCGCGCCAGCUGUCAUGAUUCCCCAACCCGUUCAACAACCCGUGCGGCUCUUUGACCGUGGUCUUCCCACUGAGCACUACGGAUUUUACACGUACUUUUCGAGAACCAUAUACCUCAAGUCUGUCGAGGUUCUCAACAGAACCGACGAUGCCAACGUGCCUUUGGACGAAGACGGCGGCUGCCGCAAGAGCGAAGCCAACUUUCUUACGACUUGGAGCGAGACAAGAUUCCUUGUUCGUAUCUGGACGAAGAAGCUCGACUCUACGGGCUCCAUCUUGAUUGGCACGCGCGGCCAAAAGCCGUCGUCUGGCAGCCAAAAGACGGAUCUUAUCCGCCCUGGCACAAUGCCGUACCCCGUGAGCAUGACUCUGGACACUCAUGGCGGCGACCGCACCAAGAAGCUUGUAUGGGAAUGGCCCAUGGAUAGUCGCCAGAAGCUGGACAUUAUGAACGGUAAAGCGUUGGUGAACAACAUGGCUAGGACCGGCUCUUUGAUCAACCCGCGAUCCACGGGCGAUGCCAAGUACGGCGGUUUCGAUGGCGGCACUGGCGGAUGCAAGUGUGAAUGGGUUAAUUGGAUUUCUGGUGUGAACUAAGGAUACUCGUUUUUUUAUAUUUUUGUUACACGCAUUAUAACGAUCAUGGAUACAUAUACGAAGGAUAUAUACGUAUGAAGGAUAUGGCCAUGACGCAACAGAAGAUGCAUUAUAUUGGCGUUUUUUUAUUGUUUGAAUUUAUUUUAAACAUUGGCAGUAUAGUUUUUAUCUAAUUAGCAUUUUAUAGCAAUUUUUCCAUCUAAAAUUUCCGUGAACCAUUGCAACACUUUUUGUGCAGUUACC